AUGGGAUACAAUUUCGUCCACAGGUUACCGGAGAGUCUUACAACUAUCUCGCGAGAGCCUGGCUGGAUACCAUCAUACCUGCGGAGACGGAUUCUGAGCCUUUUUGUCAUCACCUUCAGCGCGAUUAUUGCCGCACUUGAGAUACUAUACCAAUCAUCCGAAGCCCGCAAUGGCAUCGCCGCUUCUACCGAAAGCCGACACUACCUCUGGACUUACGGACCCACUGCCAUUCUUACCGUCGUCGCUACUCUCUGGUCACGGGUCGAAUUCCAAACAAAACAAAGCGCGCCAUGGCAGGCAAUGCUCGAGAGCCCACAGCCGGCAGAUAAAAGCGUGCUACUCGACUAUAUAUCUGAUAUGCAGCCAGUAGCGAUUUGGAAGGCCUUUAAACAUAAGCAUUUUGCCGUCGCUUCGGCCGUCUCAUGCUCUCUGCUACUACGACUCCUCAUCAUUUUCUCAACGAGCUUGUUCUCCUUGCAAGACGUUCAGGUCAAACAAAGCAACGUAACUAUCCAAAUACAUGAUAAGUUCAGUGCUCAGGACUCGACCAUGGAUACUGUUGGAUCCCAGCCAUACGACAUCCUCAACGGCAUACUUUUCGAGAAUGUCACGUCUCCAAUGGGAACAAAUAUGAACCUGACAUUUCAAGAAUUCUCUGCCCCGAAUAUCGCAUCCAAUUCAAUUAUUACUGCACCCAUAAAUGGACUGAUGGCCGACUUCACAUGCGAGGAGGCCAUUCUAGACAUCAAGGAGUUGUCAUACAUGUAUUACGAUGCCUCUUCACGCGAAUCAGUCGACUCUGAAGUCGACAUAUACACAUCGUCAUGCAGAAUUGCCAAUAUAAGUCUCAUAUCAGAUGAGACGACACCAACGGGUCUCUUUCAAGGAGGAAAUUGCCAAGACACGACUGAUUCAGACGACUAUCGAAUCGUUCUCACAAUGGCCCAGCCAUAUAAAAAGCAUGUCACUGCGUCGAAACCACCUGCUGGUCAUCGCCAUGACGGUUCAACUGGUUGGAAAAGGGUACAUAUUGGAAUCAAGCGAGCGAUACCGAUGAUAUGCAAGCCGAGUCUUUCUCUCCUCAAACUGCGGGCGGAAGGAAAUGCAACCGAAUCAUUGUCCAAUGUUCACAUCCAAAAUCUCGCUUCCGAAGACGCCGCCUUGCCUGGGAUGACUGCAGGGGAUAUUGCGCAAUUCAUUGUCAACAACUCAACUGCCACAACAGGCUUCAGACCCGUCGAGGAUAGUGGCGAAUUUGAAUAUUACGCCCAAAUCGACAGAGGGUUUAAUCUCGGAUUGCAUUUAAUUGGAGCAGACCUGGCAGUCAAAACUCUUUGGGAGGAUGGAAUGCUCCAGGACACGGCAAGAGCUUUCUAUCGGGCAAUUACAGCCCUAUUGAUGCAUAUGGGCCUCGUCAAGAGAGAGCAGUCAGCAGCAGUUGGAUCUGCAAUUGUACAUGAAAAUCGUGUCACCAUGGCCGAGCUACCACUUCGUGGGAUGGAGGUAUGCCUAGGGCUCGGGAUUCUAUUAGCUAUCUCUAUGAUAUUGCUUCUACCCACGACUCCCACGGCUACUUGGGAUCCGAACUUCAUCACUACAAUUGCGGCCAUCACGGCAAACAGUGCAGCAUUCCGAUCAUCGCUUUGCGGUAAUGGUGUGGUUUCCCACAAAAAUCUCCAGACCCGUCUUGUGGGUAAACAUUACUGCUCGCACCCGACGCCCAAAGGCACAUCUAUCGAAAUCACGGAUGACAGUCGUCGGGAGUCCCAAUUUGAUCCCAAUUUCGGCUCGGACUAUGCUACAUGGAAGCCAUUCCCAGCACGCGUUGGCCGAAUCGUCAUUUUCAUCCUAGUUUCAUCCACCAUUGCGGCCUUGGAAACGCUAUUGCGUGUUUCUCAGGCUAACAACGGACUUGGUGAUGCAAACUUAUCUAAUGAAUAUUUGCACUACUCCUGGACAAUUGUCCCUGCACUGGCAAUGGUCGGAAUCAGUCUUUUGUUUGGAAGUAUGGACUUCAAUAUCAGAUGCCUUGCACCAUACGCACCCCUUGUGCGAGCGGAAGGGGCUAUUUUCGAACGCUCCAUGAAUUUGAGCUUUCUCAACUCCCUGGGAAUAAUAAAUAGUUUUCGAUCGAUCACCUCUCGACAUUUUGCAGUCCAAGCGACAACACUGGCCACGAGCGCAGCAUUUUUCUUAACUAUUGUCACCAGCGGUCUAUACUCGGUGAUUGAAGUCCCUUUUCAUGCCAAUGUCAAUUUCACAAGAGUCGGCGGUUUCCCUGAUCCGAGGACUAUCGCUGGGCCCCAGCGGCUGAUGAACGAAGCCAAGGAAGUUAAUGGUAUGUUUACUGCUGAGUACAUUCUCCAGUACAAUUUCACCUACCCUCGAUGGACCUACGAAGACCUUGCGUUCGCAGAAAUCUCGAUAGAUAAGGUUUCAGACAACAAAAUUAUCAAUGGUUCCUAUGUGGACAUCAAAGUGCCAGCAUUGAGACUUGUCCCCGUUUGUGAACCAUAUACUUCUACAGAGUUACAAGCCACCUUCGGAUUCUACGAUGGGGAUGAGACAUCGGGGAGCUACGAUCUUUCCAUCAAUGAGACCACGAUGCCUUGUCCUGGACAUAACACCUAUAGCCAUGGGAACAUUUCGGUGCUCAGUGUGAAAGAUCUCGAAUCUCAGCCUUUUGGGAAAUCGUUUCAGAACCAAUGCUUCGUCAAACCAAAGUAUAACACAGGCCUGAUAGGCAUGACUCACUACACGACAUUCUAUGUGUGGGGAUUUAUCAAUGAAAGCUCUAUUCAACAUAUCAGGGGCCUCUCUUGCAUUCAAUAUGCCGAAACGGUCGAUGUGUGGACACGCUUCAAGCUGCCUGGGUUGGAUAUUGAUGAGGAGACACCACCUAUACCAGACGAAUCGUCCGCCAAAUUGGCGCCUGAUCUAUACACUCCAAUACCCGAAUGGUGGAUUCUCAAUUCGAAUGGAAAAUACCCAAAUUUCGAUGGAUUCUUUCAAGAUCUCACCUCCGGGAGAUACGCGAUCCCGAUCGAGAAUUUCGAAAGUUCAGAGCACGACCUAACAGUUAUCGAUGCAAUCAAGCGCCAGUACAAGAUUAUCAGUGCUCAGCAAUUUAACAACUACACCAGAGGAACCGCAAACGACAGCAUAAACCAUGCUCCACUCCUGGGAAAUGUUACGACCCCGAAUCGCCUCCGGGUCGUCCAAGAUGUAACUUCGACUCGGCUGCUGGAAGGAUUACUGGCUCUUAUACUAGCAUUGGGAAUCACCGGGUCACUAUUGCUGAACACGGACCGCAUUCUUCCGAAAAAUCCAUGCAGCAUCGCCUCGGUCGCGAGCAUGCUGGCAGAUUCCAAUUUCUUGGAUGAGUUUGAGCAAGGAUUGUGGAGCCCAGAGAAUAAACAGCUCAGUCAAGCUUUUGUUCGUCACCGUUUUCGUCUUGGCUGGUGGGGAAGCGAAGGGGUAGGAACUCCUGAGAUCAACAAAAGGCUGUUCGCCAUCGACCAUAGACAACUAAAAACGCAAGCACGGGAACUUUGA